AUGGGCGGUAAUGGUGAAUGUUUGUGUAUGAAUAUUGCUAUGGGCGGUAAUGGUGAAUGUUUGUGUAUGAAGAUUGCUAUGGGCGGUAAUGGUGAAUGUUUGUGUAUGAAGAUUGCUAUGGGCGGUAAUGGUGAAUGUUUGUGUAUGAAUAUUGCUAUGGGCGGUAAUGGUGAAUGUUUGUGUAUGAAGAUUGCUAUGGGCGGUAAUGGUGAAUGUUUGUGUAUGAAUAUUGCUAUGGGCGGUAAUGGUGAAUGUUUGUGUAUGAAUAUUGCUAUGGGCGGUAAUGGUGAAUGUUUGUGUAUGAAGAUUGCUAUGGGCGGUAAUGGUGAAUGUUUGUGUAUGAAUAUUGCUAUGGGCGGUAAUGGUGAAUGUUUGUGUAUGAAUAUUGCUAUGGGCUAUGGGCGGUAA